AUGGAACUUCAAGAACCUGACUGGUCUAGAUUCACUAACCUUUUAGACAAUGGACUUAACACAAGUCCCCUCAACUUCAACCAACAUCCUGACGAUCAUAUCAUGAAUAUUAUGAUCAGAUGUGCAAAGAAAACUACCGAUAUCUCGAAUAUUAUGAUUAGUUGUCCAAAGAAAACUAUUCCCCGAGGCAAGACUAGACACUAUCGAGUGUUUUGGUCUAAACACCAUGAGGAACUGUGUAAGAGGGACGCCCUUCGCAACACUGCUGAUCAGACUGGGAGGGACGCUCUUUGCAACACUGCUGAUCAGACUGGAAGCGCGACGCCCUUCGCAACACUGCUGAUCAGACUGGAAGAACAAACGCCCUUCGCAACACUGCUGAUCUGA